ACCAUCCUUGGAGAGACCGAGGAUGAAGACGAUGCAAUUCUGCCCCGUAAAGACUAUGAGAGUUUGGAUUAUGAUCGGUGCCUCAACGAACCGUACUUGGAAGUCCUAGAAAGUCUGGAUAACAAGAAAGGCCAGCGCUAUGAAGCGGUGAAAUGGAUGAUGGUUUUUGCCAUCGGAGUUUGCACGGGGAUGGUUGGCCUUUUCGUUGACUUUUUCGUCCACCUCUUCACCAGAAUCAAAUUCCAUGUGGUUCAGAACUCGGUGGAGGACUGCAGCGAGAAAGGUUGCCUGGCCAUCUCCCUGCUGGAGCUGCUGGGCUUCAACCUCACCUUCAUCUUCCUGGCCAGCCUCUUUGUCUUAAUCCAGCCAGUAGCUGCCGGAUCUGGGAUUCCAGAGAUCAAGUGUUACUUGAAUGGAGUCAAGGUCCCCGGGAUCGUGCGCCUUCGGACUCUGAUCUGCAAAGCCCUGGGGGUCCUUUUCAGCGUGGCUGGAGGUCUUUUUGUAGGGAAGGAAGGCCCCAUGAUCCACAGCGGCGCUAUCGUUGGGGCUGGCCUACCUCAGUUCCAGAGUAUCUCUUUAAGGAAAAUCCAGUUUAAUUUCCCCUAUUUCCGAAGUGACAGGGACAAAAGAGAUUUUGUUUCUGCUGGUGCGGCCGCUGGGGUGGCUGCAGCCUUCGGGGCGCCCAUCGGAGGGACGCUUUUCAGCCUGGAAGAAGGCUCCUCCUUUUGGAACCAGGGCCUCACGUGGAAAGUGCUGUUCUGCUCCAUGUCAGAGAGAUUUUGGGGGGUGGGGGGAAUCAGAAAUGUUUUGGACAUGUCCCAAGAUGCAUAA